AUGUCAGAUGACAUAAAGGAAAAUGUGAUACAGGGUAUCAAAUUAUCUCCAACUGGUAUGUUUGCAAUACAGCUGGAUGAGUCAACGGACGUGAGUUCUUGUGCACAGCUACUCGUGUUUGUUAGGUAUGUUUUCUUGUGUGACAUCAAGGAGGAAUAUCUGUUCUGUACACAGCUUGAGGCCACCACAACAGCUGUAGAUGUGAUGGAAAAGUUGUCUUCUUUCUUCACAGCUAACAGGAUCAGCUGGGAAAAUUGUUGUGGAGUCUGUACGGAUGGGGCUCCGGCGAUGCUGGGAUCAAAAUCGGGGUUCCAGAAGCGUGUCAAGGAAGUAGCUCCGAAUGCCAAGGGGAUCCAUUGUAUGAUCCAUCGUUUUGCACUGGCGUCGAAAACCCUCCCUGAUGAACUUUGCAAGAUCCUGGAGGCAGUGGUCAAAUGUGACAACUUUGUGAAAGCUGGAGAUCUGAACUCUCGCUUUUUCCAGAACCUUUGUAGAGACAUGGAUUCAGAGCAUGAAGCCCUCCUCUUUUACUCCAAAGUGCGCUGGCUUUCCAAGGGCAAUGUUGUGAAUCGAGUGUUUGAACUUCGGGGAGAGCUUAAGUUGUUCCUGGAAGUGCAAGGGAAAGAUGAUCUAUUAAGUCACUUGAGGUGUUGUGGGAGCCACGUCUUGCAUAUUUAG